UUCAUGUUUUAUUAGUAUAAGUUGCACACGAAUCGAUAAAAUCGGAGUCCGAUCCGGUAAGUUCCUUAAUCGAAAUCGGAAGAACGGAACACAGUUUCCGUAUUGGCAAACCGAUACCGGAUAAUAAGCUGGUAAAAUGUUGCCAAUUUGGGCAAUACUGUUUGUGAAGUCAUUCGGGUAAAAGCAGAAUGCGUUUCGCUAAAAAUAAGUGUUCGCAGAUCUUAUAUUUACUGUAUUUACGUAGAAAACAUCGUUUAGCACAAAAUAAAAGAGAAUAUUGGAUUCAUCCGUUACUUCAAGUGCGUUAUGUAGAAGGAGCAUUCUAUAUUUUAUUUGAAAAACUACGUUUACAUAGCGACCAUUUUUUUCAUUAUUUCAGAUUGAGCAUUACCACGUUUGAUUUCAUUCUAGAAAGAAUAAAUAUGCGUAUACAAAAGCAAGAUUCAGUUAUGAGAUUGUGUGUUCCUCCUAAUGAGAUGCUCGCAGUGUCUUUAAGGUACCUAGCUAGUGGAAACACAUUUCGAGACUUGCAUUACACGUACAGAUUGGGAGAAUAUACUAUCCGAAAUAUUGUAAAAUUGGUAUGUCGCACUAUAUGGGUAGCAUUCCAUGAAGAAUAUCUUCCCCUGCCAAACCAAGAAAAAUUUUUAGAAAUAGCUGAUGGAUUCAGGAAGACAGCACAAUCCCCUAACUGCAUCGGUGCAGUAGACGGGAAACAUGUACGUGUGAACAAGUUUUCUGGUAGUGGAUCAAUGAAUCUGAAUUAUAAAGGGUACUUUUCAAUAGUUUUAAUGGCAGUAGUUGAUUCAGAUUACCGUUUUACUUUUAUCGACGUCGGGGCCUACGGUAAAGACUGCGAUUCCUCGGUAUUUCAAGAAACCAACUUUUGGAAGUUCUUACAAAGAGGAGAGCUAAAUAUUCCAGAACCUCGACCUCUUCAUCAUACACUAUCUGAAACUGCACCAUUUGUCGUAGUAGGAGACGCAGCAUUUGCUUUAAACAAAAAUUUGUUGCGACCGUACGGUGGAUAUUCUUUGAGCAUUGAGAUAAAAGUUUUUAAUUACCGUUUGAUACGCGCUCGUAGGUUCGUCGAAUGUGCUUUUGGCAUCCUAGCCAACAAGUGGAGGAUUUUUCACCGACCUAUGAAUGUUUCUAAAUACUUCUGUAGAGAUAUAGUUAAAGCUAGUAUAGCUCUUCACAACUUAGUAAGAUUAAAGGAUGGAUCUAGAGUAGCAAAUGAUGAUAUAUACAGUACUCCAUCCACUGAAUUGAGAUCACCGUCAACCAAACGAUGUUAGAAAAAAAUUUUCUGAGUGAUGUUGGUAGCUUGCCAUGGCAACUAAACAAAAUUUAGACUUAAAAAAUACUACAAAAUAUGUUUUGCUUAUCGUGCCAUAAUUUUAUUUACUUACCUAUCUUUUUCUGAUCUUUUCCUGUUAAAUUUUCGAAAGAUUCUUCUAAAAAUAUAUGCACUUCCCUCCACAUUUUUUGUUUCUCUAUUUUGUCUUUAUAGCUGUCUAGACCUCCUUCGACCAGCUCAAUUAAUGUAAGCUAAUCAUAUUUAAAAGUCAUAGCGGUAGUACUCUUUUAAACACACACAUACGACUGAUCAUAGACAAAAGGACUGACUAAAUUAAAAAAGUCUACUAACAACAGCUACAACGCAGCCAGACGAGAUCGGACUUGUUUUAUCGAAAGUUGUGCGAAUGCGCUAUAAGUUCAAGUACAUCUAGUGGUACCUCCGACUGUCGGAUUAUUUUGUUAUGAUCGAACUGCCACUUCCGACGUUUCCGACGGAUCACAUGGCGGUCCGAUUUUUUAUUCGGAUCGGAAGAAGUGUGCGCAUCUACAUUUCGAUGUGUUGAAUUAUCGUAUAUCCGAUGACAGAAUCGGAAUCGGAUCCGAUUUUAUCGGUUCGUGUGCAACGGGCCUAAAGAAUUUUGUGUUACACUAUGUCCCAUUGUAGUUGCAGAAACUUUCUCUUUACUAUUAAACUCUGCCAUUUUUGCAUCAAACUCUUAAUGUCGCAAAGGAAAAUCUUUUUUUGUUUCUACUAUAAAAGAUAUAGGGCAGAAACGUUUUUAAAUGAUAGUUUUGAAAAUAAUAGGAUUUUUGAGUAGUUAGGUUAUGAAAAAAAGAUCUGAUUUGAUAUUAACCAGUCGCUUUAAGUCUGAAAUUUCUUAGAAAUUUAAAAAAAAGUAUUGUAAGAAAAUAGUUGAAUACAAGUCCAUAUUUUGUAGGAGAAUGUGUAUAUAAAGAUUACAAAAUGGGGAAGUCUUUAUCUCCAAGAAAUCUUUCUUUUUUUUAGUGUUUACUAACUGUUUUGCCAAGUUGUUUUUGGUUUUAAUAUACAGUGUGCUCCGUCUAUAACGUACAUGGGAUGUCCACCGUGUAACGUACUUCCGGUUAUUACGUACUUAUAAUUCGGAACCCGCCCAAAUAGUCUUGUCAUUUUACUGGAUAUAACGUACUAACUACGAGGCAUGUCCAAGUAAGUGUACUGAGCCUGUCACGGCGGCAGGGAAUUGUUUUUCCACAUGUUGGCUGCACUGCCGCAUAGCGUGAUUUCUCCCCUCCACAACAAGACCGCUUCGAGGUCAGUACGUUGAGAACUAUAGACGCAGCAACACGUUUAGUGAGAAAUGUCAAUCCAAUCUCCCGCCAAGUGUGAAAUACGCGGCGUUAU